UUUUUCAUUUUGUUUAUUCGAAUUUCUACUUAUGUAGUUUGUACUACAGCUAUAUAGUAGAUUGCUUUAUAGUAGAAACAGCUAAACAGUAAUAUUACUCUACGCCCUACGGUACUACAUUAAACAGCUUUGGACACUGGACUGUGAUCACUGGUCAGCCGUCACCGGUCACUCGUCUAUGAAGUCACCAGUUGGUGGUUAGUUUACUUGUCUUUGACUUAUUGCUUACCAAAAAUUGGAUCGUUUAGCAAAAGUCAAAUGAUCAAAGAUUCGAUAUUUGAUAUUGUCGUACCUUUAUACAAUCAAUUAUUAAUAUCGGAAUGGAAUACCUUUUAGCCAAGUUUUGUAAGAAAGAUCAAAAAAAGGAAAUAACAUUGGAAGAUUUACAAGCUAGUCUUUUGCGCACUUCAUCUCCUCCUAAGAAGUUCAAUUCUUUGGCGGGUGAUUAUGACGAAGUUUAUCCGAACUUGUAUGUCGGGGAUUGGACUACAGCAAAAAAUGUUAAUACAUUAUUGACAUUGGGAAUUACACAUGUUGUAAACGCUGCUCAAGGUGUUGGAUUUGGACUAGUUGAUACGAAUGAACAAUUCUAUCAACCAAUCAAUAUUCAAUAUAUGGGUCUGGCUUUAUGUGAUGAUCCUAGUGUGGCAAUAUGUGAAUAUUUUGAUAGUGUAUCAAAUUUCAUUGAUGAUGCACUAUCCCAAAAAGGCAAAGUUUUGGUUCAUUGUAUUAUGGGAAUAUCGAGAUCUGCAACAAUCACAAUAGCAUAUUUAAUGAUUAAAAAAGGUAUGAGAGCAAAAGAAGCAAUAGAAAAAGUAAAAAGGGCUAGAGAAAUACGUCCCAACGAUGGGUUUUUAAGCCAAUUAGCUCAACUAGAUAACGACCGAAUACAUUUAAUAAACCAGUAAUUUUGGGACUCUGUGUAUAUUACUUUGAAUGUAAUUUAUUUAUGAUGUAACAAUAAGUUUUAUUAUAUUAUGUUUGAGACACUAUCCUGUUCGUUAGAUUUUAACAUCUUCACAUUAUACAUCUAUACACAAAAAAAAAAAUGUAGAUAUUUAUAAAUAAGGUUACUUUAUAUUAAAUUAUAUUUACUUUAUAAAUAUAAUUUAUUGUGUACUAGAUGGCUAUAUUUUUACUUACCAUUAAUAAAGCAAAUAGUGUACCAAUUAUUGAACCAGCUAACACGUCAGUGGAAAAGUGCAUGUUAUCAGUAAUUCUAGAUAAUCCUAUGUACCAAGCAGUUAAGAAUAUUAUAAAUUGUAUAGUGACGAUCAGCACAUUUUUCUUAUAUUUAUUAUUUAUGUACAACUGUAAAAAAUAUGUAUAUGUAAUAUGUAUUUAUUAUUUUAUAUCCAGCCAUUUGAAACUGAACAUUUAAUAUAUUUACUUACAAUUGUGUAAACUGCCGAAUAAAAUCCUAAACAAGCAUGUCCAGAUGGAAAUGAUUUUCUAAAAUUUCAAAAAUUCUAUGUUUUAAAUACAAGUAAAAACCAUGAUUUAACAAGUAAAAUUAUGGCCUUUUAGGAUAUUGUAAAACAAUACAAUUAUUAUAUACAUAAAAUCAAACUGUCAAUUUUUAGUAUGCUUCUUCCAUGCUUGUAGCAACCAUAAAUAGGUUCAACAGUUUUGAAAAAAUGUUUAUGAGCUAAAAAUUCUAAAUUGUAAAAUUAUUACUUUGAUUCUAUAGUGAUAGCAAGAUUUGGGUUUGUACACGUGUAAUUAUUAAUGUAUUGUUCUUUGAUCAAACAUUCAACAUUCGGUUUACAUGCUUCAACAAAAUAUGGUCUUAAACGCCCUGUGCAAUAUUUUCCAACAUUAACUGUUAUAUGGGAUAAUCCAGAACCCAACCAGAAGUAAAGUGUAUGUAUGUACACAUGUUUUAUACAUGUAUGUUUACACCAGUAGUAUUCAAACCAUAUCUAUAAUAAAUAGU